GACUUAUAAAACAAAUAAGGGAAAAUUGUAAUACAGUACUUUAUGACUUUGAGUGGAGUUUUGAUGAAUACAUUGUCAAAAUGACAUUGGAAGCUUCAAGCAAGAAAAUCAUUAUCAUGAUGAAAAGAGUUAAGCGAGAAUAUUAAACAGACACAUGAGUGACAAAUUUAGGCAAUGCAUAGAAUCUGUUUAUAUGAUGUGCAUGAAAUUCAUAGAAAAGUAACAAUGUAACACCUGCUAUGAGAUGCAUUGUGCGCCUACGAUUUGCUCGAGCGGGUCGCGACCCCACCGAGUUCGAGGUCAACGCUAUUCAGGCAUAGAGGCUUGUAAGAUCGAGAAAGAAAUUGAAAACUUUGUGGAGAACUUUAAGAAAAAGGGCUCAGUAUUGGACCAACCCUCGUCAAUUGACCGUCCACCAAGUCUCGAGUCCAGUUGCUCAUCUUUGUCCAAAUCGUCACGACCUUCAAGCUCGCUUUAUUCUUCUGAUUUUACUGACGAGAGUCCGGAAAAAACAGGUUACCUUAUGCCGGAGAUCGUUCGAAGGUAUCGUUAUUGCAGUACAACGACAACAAGUGACUCUGAGGGAGGGGAAGAGGACUUUCGACGUCUUCUCCUGGCAUAUAAGGACAGUAAAGGUGCUGCUGGUCAUAGCAGAGCGGGGUCGUUGGUCAGUAGUCAGCAUGGGGACACCACAAGUACAAAUACAGAAGGUCCUGAUGGAUUUGUAGGGGAUGGUAUGGGUAUGGAAACAUGUCCUUACAGUGUACUAGAUGUUGCCCAGCUCCUGCAGACCAAGUUUGCCUUUAUCUCAGGUGCAAAGGCCCAAAAUGGAGCCCCGAUAAUGACAUUUCCUGACCGACCCCACCUCCCAGAACCCAGUGAUGAAGAGUAUCGGAAAGUUGUCUCCUACCUCUGCAGUAUUCCUGCGUUACCCGAGAGUCAGCUGGGGUUCGUGUUGCUGGUGGACAGACGACAGAGUGGGUGGGGCUCAGUAAAAACAAUCCUCAUGAAAUUCUCUGGUUAUUUUCCGUGCCACAUCCAGGUGGUAUUUCUCCUACAACCACAUGGCUUCUUCCAGCGGGCAUUUUCAGACUACCGGUCCAAGUUUAAAGAAGAACUGGAAUACAAGGUGGUUUCAAUAGACACCCCGGAGGAGAUGUUUGCUCACAUAAGUGCUGACAUGGUGACGACUGACAUGGGUGGAAACCUGGAAUUUGACGCAGAGGAAUGGACACAAAACAGAUCUGCUUUAGAAAAGUUCAGCAGUAACACAGAGAAGAUAGCUCUGACGUUGACCACCCUAAUACUUAAAUAUGAACACGCUCUCACACCAAACGAUGUCGAGGGCACGGAAAAACAGAUUCAUGAGCAUUCUGCACAGCGACGCGAGCUUUUAGAGGAUCUUGAGUCGUCAACAUUUCAUGGCCAGACUUUGCUGACGUGUAUAAAGGGAGAUAAUGAGAGAACUCCUCUUGUUCAUGUAUCACAUGUGCUUGAUAUAGAAAGACUUCUGGUACAGCUGGAUGAAACAAAGAACAAGUUUGAGGAAUACUGGCAGAAACAUCACCUCAAACAAAAGCAGUCCCUCCAGAUGAGAAAGUUCGAGGAUCAGUUCAAACAGCUCCAAGUUGUAUGUGACAGUCGCACAUCCUGGCUUGAGGAGAGCAUGAAGGAGAUCGGUGACAGUGUAAAACGUGUGGACGAAUUAACUGCGGAGUUUGAUGUCUUCGAGAAACAGGCAAAGCAAGAACUAGAAACCGGGGAAAAGAUGAGGUCAGACGGGGAGCAGUAUAUUCUCGAUGACCACUACGCCGUGGACAGUAUACGACCAAAAUGUAUCGAGCUCCAGCGUAUGUGCGACCAGUACAGACAGUUGUUGCGUCGACGACGGGAAAUACUGACAAAGUCACAUGAUCUGCAAGAGCGAAUUGAAAAGGCCAACAAAUGGUGUACGUCAGGGGUUGACAUGUUGACUACAGUCCAGUUGGAAGGUUGCCAUAGCAAUGAGGCCGUAACUAAGGCGGUGGAGGACAUUGACAAAUUUGUGGCUUCUGUGAAAGAACUCAAACUUAACAACCCUAAAGAGUUCCGUCAGCUGUUUGAUAGCGUCAUUACGUCAGACACCAGGGCGAGUGUUCAGAAAGUUCUUAAAAAAAUGGAGGACGUACAAACAAUGUGUGCCACCAAGCGGGCAGAGUUGGUCGCCCAAUCUCGGUCCAAGCCUGUUCAACAUCCAGCUCAGGCAGAUUUUGUUACGGCUGCCUCUCGUGGGCAGACGACAGUGCCAGAUUAUGACCUGCGGAGAAAAGGCGGGGCUCAUUCUGGGCCAGGUAAUCACGGGAACCAGCCGCGGGACAGACACAGGCGGGAUGCUGGGAAGGGUGGCCAGCAGAAUCAAGCUCCUGCCAUGCCAUCUGUGGAGAAAUCAGCAAGGAUUAAACCAGACAUUGGGCCACCCCAACACCAUGCCAAAGGUAAAGGUCAUUCAGGGUCAAGGUCACACCACGGGUCAUCCAGUACAUGUAGUAGUCUCUCAACAGUGGACAGUGUGGAUGCGGGACAUAACUCUGCAGUGAUGUCAGAAGGGGCACGCAACUCUGUCGCGUCAAUGUCUACUACCUCGGGUUCCAGUGCAUUGUCAGAUCAUAUGAUCGAAUCAUUACAGGAAAAAAGACAACAUGUGAUGAAUGAGCUGAUAGAGACAGAGAUGAUGUAUGUUCAACAACUGCAUGAUAUACUGAGGGGUUACUAUUGUGAGAUGGACAACCGCGCCAUGAUACACCUCAUUCCCCCAGGCCUCGCCAGCAAGAAGGACAUCUUGUUUGGCAAUUUGGAUCAGAUAUACAACUUUCACCAUGAUGUAUUUCUGAAAGAUCUACAAAGCUGUGCCGACUGUCCAAUGAGACUGGGAAAAUGUUUUGUAAAUAGAAAAGACGAGUUUCAGAGGUACAGUAUUUACUGUAUGAACAAGCCCCGCUCGGAGGAACUGCGGACCCAGGUUGGCGACCACAACCCAUUCUUCAAGGAGUGUCAGAGGAAACUAGGCCACAAACUUCCCCUGGGGGCGUACCUCCUGAAACCUGUUCAGAGGAUUACAAAGUACCAGCUGCUUUUGAAGGAGAUGCUGAAAUAUGCGGGCGACAACAAGACUUGUCGAGACCAGCUGGAGGAAUCCCUCAACACGAUGUUGGAGGUAGCGCGUAUUGUCAACAACAGCAUGUACCAGGUCGCCAUCCAAGGAUUCCCUGGCAACUUAAGUGACCUAGGUAAGCUGUUGAUGCAGGGCAGUUUUAACGUAUCGACAGAACACAAGCACGAGAAGAUACGUGACAUCCGCUUCAAGCCAAUGCAUCGACACUUGUUCCUCUACGAGAAGGCGAUCCUCAUGUGUAAACGUAAGGAGGAUACGAACAAUGAGGGACGCGAUGGGUACAGCUACAAAAACAUGCUACGGUGUAACCAAGUUGGAUUGACGGAGAAUAUAAAGGGAGACAAGCGCAAGUUUGAGCUCUGGCUGCGAGGCCGAGAGGAAGUUUAUAUUGUGACGUCCCCCAGUCUUGAAGUGAAAGAUUUUUGGGUGAAAGAAAUCAAAAAGGUCCUAAUGGGACAGUUUGACGAAAUCAAAUUGACUAGGUUGAACCUGGGCGACAACUCUCCGGAGGAUUUGACAAGAUCCGGUAGCGACAGCGGCAUGGAGAGUUGGCGGCACCGACAAGGAUCAGGCAACAACAACAGCUCUACACUUCCACAGGGUCUGGCGAUGUUGUCCCCGGAAACGCCUCCAGACACGAGGGAGAGAAGUGAACGCUGGUCUGACGUCUCUUACACAGAUUCUGAGCCCGAAGUGGAAACAAAAAAAGGGCAACACACUUCACCACUUGAGCCUGCAUAUUUGCAGCAGUUUAUCGCAAUAGCGGACUACGCCCCAGUGGAUGAUGUUGAGAUGGCGCUGCGGGAGGGGGAUCGUGUGGAGAUUCUCCGCACGGGAUCUACGGGAUGGUGGCUGGCACAUCACAUGGACACCAACGAGGAGGGCUGGGUCCCUUCAACGUUUCUGGAUCCCCUACCUAACACCGGACCUCGGUCAUUGGCCUCCCUCUCCAGCAUAGGUUCCGGGAGUCAGCCAGACCAGACAAGCCACUCAAGUGUGACUAGUGGUUACAGCGCAACCAGUCCAGUAGAUGAAACCACCAUAUGAGUCUUAAACCAGUCUGUCACAUCCAACACAACCAGUCAAGUAGAUGAAAACACCAUACGAGUCUUAAAACAGUCUUGAAUGCACAACAUGACCAGUCUAGUAGAUAUGUUUGUUCAACCAGUCUGGAAUUACCAACUUAUACAGAGUAACAAUUAUUGAUUUAUUCUGAAUAUGCCAUCAAAACAUAUGAGGAACUUUUUGAUUGGCCGAUCAUAAGAAUAUGCUUCUUAUGAAAGGGCUUUCAAUGUCAUCGUGGUUUUUAAAGAUAGUUAUAAUGAUAGAGCCUGUUAGUUUUCAUCACUAUAGCAAGAGAUCUGUUCUUAAUAACAGUAAUAAGUUAAUUGCAUUUGAAGUAAGUUGUUGUUUUUAAAGUUUGAAAUAGAUUCUAUUGAGAUAUUUUUCAAACAAAUUAAGUGUGUUGAUUUAAUAUUAUUAUGUAAACUGUGCAAUAUGUUAAAUACAGUCAGAUGUAUAUAUGUAUUACAUUUGAUAAGUGUAUUGGAGCAAGUUUGUUCAUCUUAAUAGGCUGUAAAUAAAUCAGUAUUGCGCCAAUUCUCACAUUGAUUUACAUGUCUGACAGAACUUAGAUAUUGAGUUGCCUUGCCUGUGGAUUGGAGCGUUGUUGUUGUUGUUUUUGUUGAAAUGAAUACAAAAUGUGAUGUCAAACUGACAACUAGAAUGUAUAUAAGUAGCAAUUUAUCUAUCUGUGUUAGAAUAAUCUUCAAAAUGUUGAUACAAUGUAUUGAUGUUUCAUGUAUACAAAUACUGCCCAAAUGUGGAUAGAAGUCCCUGGAUGCAAUAUCUUAUCAUUAGUAACAUGUUAUUACUUAUAAAGCCACCUGUACAUAGAAUAUUAUGUUUUAUAUUUAGUGUUACAAUAUAUUAGCUCAGUUGUUGUGGUUCACUAGUCAAUAUGCUAUGUUGUAAAGUUGUCAUAAAUGGGACUCCAAAGUGUGUACAUCAUGAUCCUAACACAGGCACUUUUCAUGGGAAGUUUCUGAAGUUUUUCAUCCUUUCAAUUACCUACCAACCAUAUUUACUUAAUUGAGGAACUUUCUGAUGCUAUAUGGCAAAUUUGGGGGUCUGAUUAUAACAGGAUCUGUUUUUCUUUCUGCGGUGCAUUUAAAAUGUUGUAUUAAUGAUUAUGGUCUGGUAUUCAUUUAUUUUUUGGAAAUGUUAUUAGAUGGAAUAGUGCUGUUGAAGCAGAUGUUGUUACCACUGGCAAAACUUUAUGUUUAUACAGUCGAAACCUGUUUUGCUUGAUACCACACGGCUCGAUUUCCUUGUUGGCUCAAACUUUAUGUAAAGGAACAAAUUAUUUUAACUCUAUGUAUGAGCAUUCCAGCUUGACUCUGUAUUUGCAAGGCUCGAAGUAUUCUUGCUGGUCCUGGAAAUAUAGAGCUGACUUGUUUCUGCUGUAUGUAACACUUUCUGUAGAAUGAAAACUGUAAAUCAUAAGUGCUUUACAGUUAUUAAAAAAUGUAUUUAAAAUUUUCUGAAAUUGUUCAUCAUUCAUUUUGGUUGUGUGCUGAGACUUUAAAUACAAAUAUAGUUUCAGUUUAAACUCACAUAAAUAUAAAGAUGUUUUUGAGAUGCAUCUUAAGAUGAACAUGUAGAGUUACUAUACUUGGGUUGCCAGCGACAAUGAGCUGUGGAGGUAUUCACAUUAAUCAUGAAACCAAUUACGAAAACCAUGAGACACAUUACAAAACAGUUUUAUAACAAUGUGUAAAUUAAAAAAAUAACCUUUUCAAAGAAAAAUAUGUAAAAACAACUUAGAUUGCCUGGUUAUGAGGCAUGGAACUUAGCAAGGUGAAAUUGUCAAUUUUACCUCGACAAAACUCAUUUUCGCUGGCAGCACCACAUAUGUCUAUAAGUGGAAUUGUUUUCCAAUGGAGUUACCUAUACGUGUUGUGUUUCUCUGUUGAAUUGUUGAAACUCCGCAGCUAAUAUUUAAGAAGUGUGGUUGUUAAAAUUGUUGAUUUUUCAAAGUUUAGAUACGUGAUCAUUCCAUUUUUCCGGAUUCCAUUGUAAAGUGAUACAUUCUAAGAUUAUUUUUUAUCUCGGUUAAACUGUGACCAUAGGUGACGGUAUCAACCUGGCCCCAAUAUCUCAAUGUGACCAUAGGUGACGGUAUCAACCUGGCCCCAAUAUCUCACUGUGACCUAGGUGACAGUAUCAACCUGGCCCCCAAUAUCUCACUGUGACCAUAGGUGACGGUAUCAACCUGGCCCCAAUAUCUCACUGUGACCAUAGGUGAUGGUAUCAACCUGGCCCCCAAUAUCUCACUGUGACCAUAGGUGACGGUAUCAACCUGGCCCCCAAUAUCUCACUGUGACCAUAGGUGACGGUAUCAACCUGGCCCCAAUAUCUCACUGUGACCAUAGGUGACAGUAUCAACCUGGCCCCAAUAUCUCACUGUGACCAUAGGUGACAGUAUCAACCUGGCCCCAAUAUCUCACUGUGACCUAGGUGACGGUAUCAACCUGGCCCCAAUAUCUCACUGUGACCAUAGGUGACAGUAUCAACCUGGCCCCCAAUAUCUCACUGUGACCAUAGGUGACGGUAUCAACCUGGCCCCAAUAUCUCACUGUGACCAUAGGUGACGGUAUCAACCUGGCCCCAAUAUCUCACUGUGACCAUAGGUGACGGUAUCAACCUGGCCCCAAUAUCUCACUGUGACCAUAGGUGACGGUAUCAACCUGGCCCCAAUAUCUCACUGUGACCAUAGGUGACGGUAUCAACCUGGCCCCCAAUAUCUCACUGUGACCAUAGGUGACGGUAUCAACCUGGCCCCAAUAUCUCACUGUGACCAUAGGUGACGGUAUCAACCUGGCCCCCAAUAUCUCACUGUGACCAUAGGUGACGGUAUCAACCUGGCCCCAAUAUCUCACUGUGACCAUAGGUGACGGUAUCAACCUGGCCCCCAAUAUCUCACUGUGACCAUAGGUGACGGUAUCAACCUGGCCCCAAUAUCUCACUGUGACCAUAGGUGACGGUAUCAACCUGGCCCCAAUAUCUCACUGUGACAUAGGUGACGGUAUCAACCUGGCCCCCAAUAUCUCACUGUGACCAUAGGUGACGGUAUCAACCUGGCCCCAAUAUCUCACUGUGACAUAGGUGACGGUAUCAACCUGGCCCCAAUAUCUCAACCCAGGUUAACUCCCUUAUAACAGGAUCAACCUAACCUUACUUUUUCGGUUUGGUACAAAUUGUGUACUUUUCUCAUUUAAAGGAGUUUUGAGACUUUUUAUUAGUUUUAAAGGAGAGUAUUUUUUGUCACAUAAAAUCAAAUAUUAUCAAGGAAUUUUGCUAACUUAAAUAAGAUAUUUAAAUCUGUUAUGCUUAAGAUGCUCUGAGACAAUGGGGCCAGGGAAAAGGAAAAAUGCUGUUUUGCUUUUUAUGUGCUUCUGUUAAGGAUUGAAGGGCUUUAGUGAUACAAAUUAUAGUUAUCUGUUAGUAAGAUAAACAUAUUUUUACAAUUCCUUGAAAAAAUUGAUGAUUGAUAUAUUAUGUUGCCAAUCAGAAAUGAAAUCACACUGGGACCUUUCUUUGCAUCAAUUCAUUUAAGUAUGUUUCCAAGUUAGAAUGUACCUUGGAUAUACUGUGUCAGGUCAGAUUUUUGAUCAUUUGUCAGUUUCAAAGCAUGACAUGUGAAAGAUUUUAACAUGCAACAUAAUUGUUUUAACAUUCAUAUUUAGGUUAAAACAUUCAUUCACACUGCAUAUGUGAUUGUAUGAUUUACUUUUGGGCUGCAUACAAUGUAAUUCAUACUUCCUGGCAUUUUUAUUUCCCUUAUACAAAAUCGAUUUGGUUAAUGUAACAACUGUAGUCAAAGCUUGAUACUUGAUAUUUAAAGGUACAUUUAUUACCAUGGUGUAGCAAAUAUCAUUGUCCCAUAGAUUUAUUUCAGUAUAAAAUGCACAUACCAGUAAAAUACAGUAUGGUAAUAAGAACAACAUGUUGCAUAAAUAAACUAAUGUUUAAAUAAAUGUCUACAAAAAGUCUCAACCCUGCACUGACAGGGUUCCCGGUCCUACAACCUUGCCCUGACAGGGUUCCCGGUCCCCCAACCCUUCACUGACAGGUUUCCCGGUCCCCCAACCCUUCACUGACAGGGUUCCCGGUCUUCCAACCCUGCACUGACAGGUUUCCCGGUCCUACAACCUUGCACUGACAGGGUUCCCGGUCCUACAACCUUGCACUGACAGGGUUCCCGGUCUUCCAACCCUGCACUGACAGGGUUCCCGGUCCUCCAACCCUGCACUGACAGGGUUCCAGGUCCUCCAACCCUGCACUGACAGGGUUCCCGGUCCUCCAACCCUGCACUGACAGGGUUCCCGGUCCUACAACCUUGCACUGACAGGGUUCCCGGUCUUCCAACCCUGCACUGACAGGGUUCCCGGUCCUCCAACCCUGCACUGACAGGGUUCCAGGUCCUCCAACCCUGCACUGACAGGGUUCCCGGUCCUCCAACCCUGCACUGACAGGGUUCCCGGUCCUCCAACCCUGCACUGACAGGGUUCCCGGUCAUUGACAGGGUUUCCGGUCCUCCUGGGUAUUCAAAAGUUGUCACCACUUUUCACAGAAAAAACACAAUUUGAAUUGUUACAUAAAUUGUUACUUAUUUUUUACAAAAUAUUUAAGACAACAGUGAUGUUUAUGGGGUAAAAUACACAACAUUUUUUUUAUUUUAAAUAAAUUUACAAUACAUGAUGAAGAUUGGCAGUGUUUGAAUCUCAAGUUUGAACUUCGUUUGUUAACAUGCAUGUAGUCCCUGGAAAUCUGCAGAAUGUAUGGCCGCUGGUGGUUGUGAUACUAGAUUGUUUUUGUUAUUGUGAUUUUGUUAUUUAUCUCACACUUUUAUGCUUUGUAUUUAUUUAUUGAGUCUUAACAAGCAAGCAAAAUUAAAAUCAUGCAAACCUU